AUGUUGAAUGACGCUCACACUUAUGAGAAAUUGCAGGCCGAUCCAACCAGUUCUUAUAAGAGAAAGCUGAUCGAAAAACUGACUAAGCUAAAAAAGGAUGGCAAGAUAACGGAAGAUCAGUACAAAUACUUGUACCCUACAUCUGAAGCAACACCCAGAUUGUACUGCACACCAAAAAUCCACAAGGCUAACAACCCUCUGAGACCUAUUGUGGAUUACACAGGAUCAAUUGGUUACAAUACAUCUAGAGCCCUAGCUGACCUCCUGGGACCUCUGGUCGGCACUACGAAACAUCAUGUCAAAAAUUCCAAAGAGCUUGCUGAAGAAUUAUCCUUAGUCACAUUAGAACAAGAAGACAUCUUCAACUCCCACGAUGUUGUGUCACUAUUUACCAAGAUCCCUAUACAGGAGACAUUAACCAUCAUAAGAGAACGCCUAGAUCAAGAUCAAGAUCUAAAGAAAAGAAAAAACCUAGAGGUUGAUGAUAUAAUGGAUCUAACAGAAUUUAUUGCCACCACCACAUACUUCAGUUUUAGAGGACAAUUAUUCAAACAGAAGUUCGGCACAGCCAUGGGCAGCCCAGUAUCCCCGAUCCUGGCUAACUUCUUUAUGGAAUGGCUAGAACAACAGGCCAUCGCCACUGCUCCCAUAGACUGUAAACCUGAGCUAUGGAAACGAUAUGUGGAUGACAUCCUAGAAAUCAUUAAGAGGGGAAAGGUGGAGGCUCUGACAGAUCAUCUCAACGGAAUAGACAAAACAAACAGCAUCAAAUUCACGCACGAACUAGAGAAAAAUGGCCAGAUCCCAUUUCUGGACACCCUUAUCACCAGGAGGGAGGACGGAUCCAUCAAACCACUGGUUUAUAGGAAAGCCACACACACAGACCAGUACCUGUCGUUUCAAUCGCAUCAUCCACUUCCGAACAAACUUGCUGUCAUACGGACGUUAUUGGAAAGAAGUGACAGCAUUGUCACGUAA